GUGAUGGCAAAAUUUAAAAUGAAAAUUGUGGUGAACUCAAAUUGAUUGAAAUCAAACUUCACCACCACUAGGUCAAGCUUCUGUCUCAGUCACUGUUUCUCCGGCCUCGCUUCUUCUCUCAGAUUCAGAUACCAAUUCGGUUUCUUCUGAACCAAACUUGGUUUGAGAAAUUCGGCCGUUAAUUUUCCAUGGCCAACAAUCCAUCACAGCUUCUCCCAUCAGAGUUGAUUGACCGGUGUAUAGGUUCAAAAAUUUGGGUGAUAAUGAAGGGUGACAAGGAGCUUGUUGGUACUCUUAGAGGCUUUGAUGUUUAUGUCAACAUGGUCCUUGAAGAUGUCACCGAAUAUGAAAUCACUGCUGAAGGGAGACGGAUAACCAAGCUUGAUCAGAUUUUACUCAAUGGAAACAACAUUGCCAUUUUGGUACCCGGUGGUUCUCCUGAGUCAGAAUGAAUAGGGCUACUUGGUACCAAUAUUAACUCUCCAAUGUUGCUCUAGGCACAUAAUUCCUAUAUUUUAACGAGGAUUCUGAGGCCAUUAGGUUUUUACUUCCUUAAGUUGGUUUUUAUGAUACACAUGGUUGUGGUGUAAUGCCUAUUCAACUUUUAUCAUCAUGUUGAACUGUGGAUCGGCCAGGGUAACAAGUAAUGCUACUGAGGGACAAUUAAUUGUGCGCCUUUAUAUUCCUGUUCCUACUUCCGUUA